AUGUUCGAACAAAAAUGGAUUGCCGGUGAGUGGACGUGCUUUCGUAAUCAAAUUUGGUAUCCAGGACAAGCACUGGACAAUAUGGAAGGCCGUCUCGCAAAUGAAAAGUCGGACAAAUAUGCGAUAAUCACCAGCAAGGGUUUAGUGGCAGCGUUCCGUUCCGGCACUGUCGUUCCUAUAAUGGAGUCGACCCAUCUCCCGGUGAUGUGUUCUCGCCCAGCUCCUAUAAACGCUCAUUAUCCGAAGGCCAUCACUGAAAAGAUGAAAGAGCUCGGGUUCAAAUCGUUCGUCUACAAUGAUGCUUCUAAACAACCUCGUCCAUUCAUUAUACUGCGAGCCUUGAUAGAAUUCGAAGUGACCAACGAAUUUUCCGCAGGUGGAAAACGACUUCAUCAAGCAUGUGAGUCACUCAGAAACGGUUAUGCUGCGACUCCUUUGGACUUCUACAAUGUGAACGACUUCAAGGCCAUGCUCAAGGAGGCAAAGGUAAACAUUGUGGGCGUUCCCGGAAGCAGAAUCGAUUCAGUCGGUGCAAAAAACAAUGAACAAUGUGCCAAGGGCCCUUAUCCUGGAAGAUAUCGCAAUGAUUUCUUUUUCGAACUUAAAAAUGGUGGAAUGAAGAGCGCGAGGGAGGACAAGUAUUGGCGCCCUACGUUCCCGGACAGAUUCUGCGCUGACACACCACGGACCGCGCUCGGCUUCUCCCAAGAAGGUCUCGUCGACAUACCGAACAGCGCCAGGAUGUUCGUCGUGUGCACAUAUGGAGAGGAAUCUAGAGCAACUGAUGAAGAUCGAGCUGCGAAGUGUUCUAAACAUGCUACCUAUGACAAGAAAACAGAUACGUGCACUUGCAUGAAUCCGUUCUCGGAUCUCAAAUAUACGAACAUGUUUAUUACAACCGAAAAUGACAAGAGUAGGAAACAGGGUACCAAAUGUGUGAAUUGUCAGAGGCCGUAUGACCACGAAUUUGCAAUUGUUGUUGAAAACAACAAAGAAAUGGUGGACCGUAGAGAAGCGAUUAAACAUUUACUUCGCGUUUUCGCUUACAUAGGACUUGUUACCAACUCAAGGAUGAAACUCUUCUUGUACGCCGAUAGCGUCACAAGCGGUCGCUAUCGAACUCCUGAAGGAGUAGUUCCGCACUUGCGAGCGCAUUUUGAAUAUGAAUAUGAAUGGCCUAAGGGACAAGGCAAAAAGCUUGCACCUGCUUUGCAACAGGUGUAUGAGUUUUUUAAGAAUAAAGCGACAGAUCGAAAGGUGCUGGUGAUUAUAACUAACGGCCUACCUAGUGAUUUGGAGGAAGCUAAAAAGGCAAAAGAAAGUGGUCGGAUUCGUGAUGUCGGUUCGACGAGGUAUUCGAUGGUUUUUUUUUUAAUCCAGCAGGAGUCUAAGAGAGCACGCGUAGAGGCAAUCAAUUAA